AUGCCUGACCUUCUCCAGCGCGGGCCUUCAAUCAAAGAAAUCGCACGUACGCACCACUAUCAACAUCAACAUGGACCACUGUUACCUUCUACUAAUGAGCUUGCUUCCUCGUUACAUCGGGGCCCUGGAAGCCAGAGAAGCUCGGGCUCAAGCGAUACAGACUCGAGACUUGGAUCGUCGUCGCCGAGGUCGGAAAGGUUCCGGAGAUUCACAUUUUCUAGUAGGAGGAUCAAGAAACAACUAAAUAGACCUGAGGCUUCUUCUCUCGACAGCCCAAAGGAUGUGGCGCAAGUAUUCAAAGCAAUAGCGUAUUCCUCAUACCAACAACCAAUUAGCAACUUCUCCCAAACUAUUGACUCCCGAAACUCACAACGCCAUGAAUGGGAAGUCGGCCGGCAACCACGGAGACAUAGUGAUAGUUCCUUCAAAAGUACCCACACUUAUACGCGAGAACAAUUCCAAGCCCAUGUAGUGCCACCACAAGAACUAGAGCAAUGUCAUUCCUCCCAGUCCUUAAAGAAGUCCCUGUUCUUACAUACAUCUUCCGAUGCACUUACAAGUAAUGUCGAGCCCGCUCCCCCCUACGAGUGGUGCGGAGAAGCCUCUUCUAUACUAGCAGAGAAAACACCACUAGGAGAAAAUAGAUUUGGUCCUACUCCAAGACCUCUCAGCUCAGGAUCGAGUACUCUUGGCGAGGUGGAACAUAUCCGUAUGGAGAAAAGAUUCCCAUCUGGAUUCUUAAUCAAUCCAUUCCGUAUAAAGCACAAUCGAUCAAGGAGUGAUCAAGAUGAGUUUGAAUCGUGGGAAGAUGCGGUGGAUUGGUGGUAUGAAUACGGCGAAGACGAAAAUAUGUAG